AUGAAAUGCCCAAAGUCUGAAAUCCCAAAGUCCCAAAAUCCCCAAAUCCUGAAAUCCCAAAUCCGGAAAUCCCAAAUCUCCAAAUCUCUAAAUCCUGAAAUCCCAAAACCCCAAAUCCCGAAACCCCAAAUCCCGAAACCCCAAAUCCCAGCAUAUCCUGAAAUCCCAGUCAUCCCCAAAUUCAAGAAUAUCCUGAAAUCCCAGUGUCCCAAAAUCUCCAAAUCCCAAAUCCCCAAAGUCCCAAAAUCCCCAAAUCCUGAAAUCCCAAAUCCUCAAGUCCUGAAAUCCCCAAUCCCAAAACCCCAAAUCCCAGCGUAUCCUGAAAUCCAUGUCCCACAAUCCCCAAAUCUCCAAAUCCCAAAG